ACAAGAUGGCGGCGCCCCGGCCCUGCCACGCAGACUUCCGCCCGGCGCCGAGACUCGGAACCCGCUGCGCGUCGCGUCGGAGGUGAAAUCGGGACACGCGUGGUGUGGAACUACACCCUAGGUGCGGAGGGGUGCGUCUUUGCCUCGUGCCUGGCCGGGGGCCUGGAGAGAAGGCAUCAUGUCGGAAGGAAACGCCGCGGGCGAGCCCAGCGCUCCGGGAGGGCCCCGACCCCUCCUUUCUGGGGCGCGGGGGCUUAUUGGGCGAAGGCCGGCACCUCCCCUCACCCCGGGCCGCCUUCCCUCCAUCCGCUCCAGGGACCUUACCCUCGGGGGAGUCAAGAAGAAAACCUUCACCCCAAAUAUCAUCAGUCGGAAGAUCAAGGAAGAGCCCAAGGAAGAAGUAACCAUCAAGAAAGAGAAGCGUGAAAGGGACAGAGAUCGACAGCGAGAGGGCCAUGGACGGGGCCGGGGGCGCCCAGAAGUGAUCCAGUCCCACUCCAUCUUCGAGCAGGGCCCUGCCGAAAUGAUGAAGAAAAAGGGGAACUGGGAUAAGACCGUGGAUAUGUCAGACGUGGGGCCCUCUCACAUCAUCAACAUCAAAAAGGAGAAGAGGGAGACAGAUGAAGAAACAAAACAGAUCCUGCGCAUGCUGGAGAAGGAUGAUUUCAUUGAUGACCCUGGGCUUAGGAAUGAUAUUCGAAAUAUGCCUGUGCAACUGCCGCUGGCUCACUCGGGCUGGCUUUUUAAGGAAGAGAAUGAGGAAGCAGAUGUGAAAGCACGGCUGGCUGGCCCCAAGGAAGAGGAUAUAGAGGUGGACAUGCCUGCUGUGAAAGUAAAAGAGGAGCCCCGAGAUGAGGAUGAGGAGGCCAAGAUGAAGGCUCCUCUCAGUGCAGCCAGGAAGAUCCCGGGCCUCCCGAAGGACGUGUCUGUGGCGGAGCUGCUCAGGGAGCUGAGCCUCACGCAGGAGGAAGAGCUGCUGUUCCUGCAGCUGCCAGACUCACUCCCCGGCCAGCCACCCACUCAGGACGUCAAGCCCGUCAAGACGGAGGUGCAGAGCGAGGAUGGACAGAUGGUGGUUAUAAAGCAAGAGAAAGACCGGGAAGCCAGGCUGGCAGAGAACACUUGUACCCUGGCUGACCUGACGGAGGGACAGGUUGGCAAGCUGCUCAUCCGCAAGUCGGGGAAGGUGCAGCUCCUCCUCGGCAAGGUGACUCUGGACGUGACGAUGGGGACCACUUGCUCUUUCCUGCAGGAGCUGGUGUCCGUGGGCCUUGGAGACAGCAGGACAGGCGACAUGACAGUCCUGGGACACAUAAAGCACAAACUCGUCUGUUCUCCCAACUUCGAAUCCCUGUUGGAUCACAAACACCGGUAAAGCGAGCAGAUGGAGGACGGUGGUGACUGUGCCCACGACUGCUGCCUGCUCCAGACGUUUUGUUCUCAAAUCUGUUCGACCCAGAAGGGGCCUGUUUAGCCCACCCACUCCAGCCAUUGUCCCAGUUUUCCCCACAGGGCCCACACGUGGCUCCCUUCCAUGGCGGCUGUGAACAGCACGAUGACCUUCCCACAGUGAGGAAACCGCACACCCGCACUGCUAGGGGGUUGGUCCCUAUUUAUUUUUAUAUUUAUGUCUUAGCUGUUCAGUGGACUGCACCCUCCCCAGGCGGAGAAGGAUCGGUCUGGGCAAGGACAGGCUCCUUCUUUGGGGACGUCUUGGUUCUCAGGGCAGGAGACGCUAUUGUUCCCUCCUUCCUCCCAAGAGGCAGCGCGUGAGAGAGAACAGAGAUAUCUGGAGUCUGAGAUUCGACCUCAGUUCUAUCCAUUACUAAUUGUGUGACUGAACAAACUACCUAACCUUUCUGAGCCUGAGUCCUCAUCUGACAAAUCGAGGACGAUACCUACCUCACAGGGUUGGCGUGAGGAUGCUGUGGAAUACUGUCGAUGAAAUGUCCUUGCACAAGGCUGGACAUACACUGUAGGAGCUCAAUAAAUGUUAGUUUAGUUUUCCUUC